AUGGCUUCAUCGGAUGACGUUUUCAAAGAACUCUUUGCUAGUAUAUACAAGCCCUUCUCUGGACUAAAUGAAAUGGAUUAUGAGCUCCAUGGUAUUUAUAUGGAUCACGAACCAGAGCAUGAGUUCGUGACUGCACUUGAUAAAUGUAGGGACGUCUUUCUUAAUGUUCUACUUAAUGAUGAAAACUUAAGGAAUUCAACCAUGGCUGAUGAAAUUAGAGCACAAGUUUGUCAUGCUAAUGAAUGGCAAAGUCAUGAAGAAGGUGAACAAGUGGCGGUGAUGAAUAAAUACAGAAUUCAUGAUCCAAACACACCAUGGGAUAAGAUGGAACCUAAGGUAGGUGAUAUGUUUGUAACAUCCGGAUUCCCAGGUAUUCUAUGUUGUUGA